AUGCUUCAAUCUAAAUUGUUAAUGUUCACUUUAUUAUUACCGUUCAAUAAUUUUAUAUCAUUUUAUUAUAUUUACGCACAAAAACUACCAACACCUCAAGGAACAAUUUCUCCUCAAUCUCAACCAUCAUCUGGAUCACUUCCAUCAAUACCAGGAAGCAACGGUUUAGGAGGGAUUCAACCAGACUUGGCGAGUCAAGGCGGCAAACUUUCUCCUAAAUUUGGCGACCAAAAUAAUGGUCUUGGACGUCCAAGUUUAGAUCCGAUGAAUAGUGGACUUGCACCAGGUUCAGCAAGUCUUCCUAAAUUUGGUCAACAACCUUCAGCAUCUCCUCAAUCUUCUCAACAGCAACAACCACAAAUUGUUCCUGCAACAGGUGGUCAAUCAAAUUCUAACCCGUCAUCAUCAUCAAAUAAUCAUAAAAAUAAUGAUGGUCCUACUCCUUCUUCUAAACCAUCAUUGACACCUUCAUCUAUUACUCAAGAUUCUUCAAGUUCUAAUAAUACUACUGGUGAUCGUUCAUCAUCUUCAUCAAAUAGGUCAAGCAUGAUUUUUAAUUGUUUGAAUUUAUUCGGUAAUUUAUUAAUAGUUUUAAUCAGUAUUAAAGUUUUUUAUUAA